AAUUGCUGUAUAUUACGCUGUCAUUGAAAAUAUUUACUUCAUUUUCUUGCAUUUCAAUUAUAAUCAUAAAUUUUUGGGACAAAUUAAUGAUUAUUGGAACGAACUACAUAUAGACUUUGAUUAUGAAACGAGGAAAUAUUUUUAUACUCAAAAGACUAUCAGUCGUUUAUUCACACUUGUAACGUUUACAAGUUACCUAGCAUUCAAAUACAGUGACUCGUUCUAUGCGUGGUACACGGAAACAACCAAUAAUUCGAGUAAAGAUUCUUUCCUCGACGAUGUACUUUACUACGUGAUGCAUUUUAUUGUUGGGCCAGUAUCUUUUGCCAACAACUUUUGUCAAUCUUGUAUUUUCACUGAUAUACUGAUCUUAGCGCAAACAGCACUUCUAUUCAGUGUCAUUAAAUUGAAGAAACUUGGGUCAGUACGAGGCAAGAAAAUACUGAAUAUCGAUGUUAUUACAGACCUUCGUCAAAAGUAUCUCUCGACUCAUCGUUUAGUUGAGAAAAUCAAUGAAAUCAUGAGUCCAUGUUUGUUGAUAAUGUUUAUUCAUUUUACAUUGUGGGUUAUCCAUUUAUCUUAUGUUUUGCUUUUUCUUGAUGCCCAUCAGCUGAUUAAAUUUAACCGGAUCAUGCAGUGUGUCAUAGUUUUAAUAAGUUUAGUCUUCAUUGCGUCUUUGGCUAUCCGUGUUCAUAAAAAAUCUCAAGAAUUAUUGAUGACUGCAUAUAAAUUAUCUCUCAAAACUGACUCGAUAAUCAUUCUCAAGGAGAUUACAUUAUUCCUAAAUUGCAAUGAAAUUGGAUUCUCAUUCGGUGGACUUUUCAUGUUGACGACUUCGUCCUUAUCAACAUUGUUUGGCAUAUUAACGACUAUGAUCAUUGCUAUUCCAUCAUUUAACAAACACGAAGAUACUCAUUGAAUUGACUGAACAAAUAACAUCAAAAAUGUACAUUUUUGUCAUGUAUUAAUUGUUCAGAAUGUAAA